AUGGGCGGCGGAGGUGGUGGUGGAGCAUCAUCUCAGAUAAAGAAAGCGGCCAGGAGAAUCUUUGUCCAGACAUGUGGCUCUUUUUGCCAUAGACAACAAGCCCAUGUUCUUGAUACCUCCACCGGCACAACUGCUACAGGUUCUAGUGAUUCGCCUAGCAAUUCUUCUUCUGCAUAUCCCAAGAAGAAUUUUUCUUGCAAUAAUGUGUCCUCUGAAAUUUGGCAAUCUGAUUCAAGCACUGGCCCUUCUUCUUCGUCUUCUAACAAGAAUUUGUGCACAAUAUGUCUCGAUCCUCUAAAUUACAGCUCCGGCAGCAGUCCAGGCCAGGCAAUAUUCACAGCACAAUGUUCUCAUGCUUUCCAUUUUGCAUGCAUCUCGUCAAAUGUUAACCACGGCAGUGUUACUUGCCCAAUUUGCCGUGCACAUUGGACUCAGCUACCUCGCAACCUAAAUACUCGAUGUUCCCUCCAUUACAACAAGACCGAUCCUAUUCUAAGGAUCCUUGAUGAUUCAAUUGCUAAUUUUCGGGUUCACAGGCGAUCUUUUCUAAGAUCUGCUCGAUAUGAUGAUGAUGAUCCGAUCGAGCCUGACCACUCGACUGAUCAAUCUCGUCUCCAUCUCUCCAUAGUUCCAUCACAACAUCAUUUAUCUAGUUCUUCUCUAAUGGCAGAAUCACCACAUGCCGUACAACAUCUUCCCACAACCGGUGGAAAUUCCUUUCUCUGCUCCACAAAUAACAGAGCUUAUCUUUGUGUAAAGUUAGCACAUCAACCCGCAACUGAUUUGGUCUUAGUUGCAAGCCCGAAUGGGCCACACUUGAGGCUCAUGAAGCAAUCCAUGGCACUCGUGGUAUCCUCACUACGUCCCAUGGAUAGAUUGGCCAUUGUUACCUACUCAUCUGCUGCAGCACGCAUUUUCUCUCUCAGGCGCAUGACUUCAUAUGGAAAGCGAAAAGCAUUACAAGUCAUUGAUCGGUUAUUCUAUAUGGGACAAGCAGAUCCAAUGGAAGGGCUAAAGAAAGGAGUAAAGAUACUAGGUGAUCGUGUCCACAGGAACCCCGAGUCAUGUAUCCUGCAUUUGUCCGACAAUCUAUCAAGAUCCUAUCAUCGGUUUGACAUGGAAGUUCCGGUUAAAAUCCAUAGAUUCCAUGUAGGGUUUGGAUACGGCACUUCAAAUGGUUUUAUCAUGAAUGCAUUUGAGGAAUUCCUUGCAAGAACUCUUGGAGGUGCAAUCAGAGACAUCCAGUUGAGGAUUGGGGAAGGCGCUAGGGUAGUUAGGAUCGGAGAACUCAGAGGUGGCGAGGAGAGGAAGAUUCCAUUAUAUUUAGGCGAGUCAGGACAUGUUCGAUUGGAGUUUAGCUAUGUCGACAGUGAAGAUGAAGAACACGUGAGGACAGGUGAAACUGUUGUUGGCAUUAUGGACAAAGGGGAUAUAAGCGAUGGUGCAGAUGCCAUUCCCAUAUGUGGAAGGACCAGCAGUGUUGAGAGUUGGGAUUACUAUGAUCCUUUCAUGGCUAGAAGAUGGGCAAAACAUUUGCAUGGCUAUAGGCUAUAA